GCUCUGCGCUGUGUACUAUUUUCAACAUAUAGGUUAUGUCCUAAAAGUCCAUCGAUAAUUUUGUGUUUGAUGAUGGCGAUUCUAUUUGAAGAUUAUUUUUUCGGGAGGCCCGAAUUCGGAAUAAAAGAAGCGAUAACUAUAUUGGAAAGAAUCCGAGAAGAGCCUAGAGAAUUUGAAGUAGCAAAUUUGAUUAGAACACUAAAUGAUCAAAAUGAGAACAAAAAUAAUAAGUCUGAAGUGAUUACAGAAAAUUUAGUAUCUUCAAACGAAAUAAAGACAAAAGAAUUUCAAAAUGAAAAUAUUAUGUAUACAGGUUUGCACUCGCCUGAAAAGACGGCGUCAACUUAUAACCAAUCUUUUAAUCCUGAUUUCAAGAUUCAUGAAUUAAAAAAUAAAGUGGGUAAGUAUCAAAAGAAAUCUUUACCCCAAACUUCUAAUACCCAAUAUGAGAAUAAAAUAACUCCGUGGAGUAAGCUUAGUGAUGAAGAACUAGCUAACAAACGACUUUAUGUGGAUUUAACACAAUGGAGACCAGAUAUAGUGAAUAACUCUAUAUUUCAAACCAAAGUAACAACUACAAAAGGUAACGAAGAUAAAAAAAUCGAAGAAAACUUUGAAGAAAAGAUCGUUAACUAUGAGUAUAAUACAGAAUCUCCUUUUAAAUGUGAAACGUGUUUCAAACCUUUUUCUAAGAAGUCGUAUCUGCAGCGUCAUCAAAAGGUACAUGCAAACGAUGAGAAAUUCAAAUGUUUAUUAUGUUUGAAAACUUUUGCUGAUAAUUCCAACUUAAAAAGACAUUAUUUGUAUUUGCAUAGCGGUAAUAAGAUGUUCAAAUGCACAAUCUGUGCAAUGACAUUUGUAGAAAACUCCGGUCUUAAAAGACACUAUUUGUAUAAGCAUAGUAAUGAAGAGGAGAAGAGGUAUAAAUGCAAAAUUUGCUCAAAAAAAUUUGUAGAAAACGGGGGAUUAAAGAGACACAUUUUGUAUAAACACAGUGGCGAAGUAGGUAAAAGGUAUAAAUGUACAAUAUGUUCUAAACAAUUUGUUGAACAUUGGAUGUUGAAAAGGCAUUGUUUGUAUAAACAUAGUGGAGGUAUGGGGAAACGGUUCAAAUGCAGGAUUUGUUCUAAAGAAUUUGUUGAAAACGGCGGAUUAAAACGACAUUUAAAUGUACAUUUGUAAUAGUAAUUUACAAAAACGCCGGGGUAUCGCUUUAUAAAGUACAAGUUCCCAGAAUUUCUAGACGAGUACUUUAAUGAUGUUUCAUGGUAUUAUAUCAUGCAAUAUUUUAUUUCAUACUGUUUUUUUAGUUGAGAUAGUUUUUUACAAACUUUAUGAGAUAUAAUAUCUUUAAAAAAAACAAGAUUUCUAUCACAAGUGAAUUUGAAAUUAUUAAUGAAGAAAUAAUUUUUUUAAAUUUUGUUUAUAUUUAUCUAAUUGUCUAGUUUAAUUUUUGUAAAAUUUAAACUUACGGGUUAACUCCAAAAACAUUGUUAUCAUCACAGACCUAAUAACACAAGAGACAAAAUAUUCCAUUAAUAAAAUGCAUUUAAAACGAUCCAACAUUGUUUGUGAACAAGUAAUAAGUGCAAAAAGGAGAGGAUUAUGUCGGCUCCAUAUUUCAUAGUUUUGGGAGCACAUAGGCCUUCAGAUUGGCCCCACUUGACGUUACCAGAGGCCAAUGUCCUUUGAGAAGCCAAUCAGGCGCUUUGACUUGAACUCUUUGAUGUGCCUUGUCAGCUUAGCGUUGCUUUCCGGGGCAACGCUGCAAAAUGCGUACCUUCGUAUGUCGCCAGUGGUGUACUGAUUAUCAUUUUUCACAACGUCUAGGAUAUUGCUCCAUUCGAAUUAGUUACCAGAUCGUCUGGGAAAUAACGAUGCGAGGGAUUUUUUGGCAGAAGUUGCCUUUUUGCAAUACCAGCUAAAGAAAACCAUAAUUUUCGUUUUUCCAAAUAGUUAGGAAACCUGAUUUCACUUCAAGCAAAAUAUAAUAUAAGUAACAAUAAGCCUUAAAGUUCCGUAAUAUAGAGUAAUAAUUAAGCCCAUUUCUUAAAUAAUGAAGUUUUAAAAAAGGUUCAGGCUCAGGAAACGAAUUAUGAAUAUUUAAAUAUUUCAAACGGAAUAAAAUAUUAAAAUGCUUUGGAAUUUAAGAAAUUCUAUUUGCAUGUAGAUCUAAUAUAAAAAAGUAAGGAAUCUGUUUUUACGUUCAGGACUUUUUUCUUGUUUACUUAGUAUUUCUCCUCAUAACAAAAA